AGUCCAACACAGGUACUGUCACAAGGGCAUGACAGAAAAUCAGACAUGGGUCACAGAAUUCAGUCUCCUGGGAUUUCCGAUCAGUCUAAGGAUCCAGAUGCUCCUCUCUGGGCUUUUCUCCCUGUUCUACGUCUUCACUCUGCUGGGAAACGGGGCCAUCCUGGGGCUCAUCUGGCUGGACUCCAGACUGCACACCCCCAUGUACUUCUUUCUCUCACACCUGGCCGUCAUUGAUAUUUCGUAUGCUUCCAACAAUGUCCCCAAGAUGCUGACAGACCUUCUGAACAAGAGAAAAACAAUCUCCUUUGUCCCAUGCAUAAUGCAGACCUUUUUAUACAUGGCUUUUGCUCACACCGAGUGUCUCAUCUUGGUAAUGAUGUCCUAUGAUUGGUACGUGGCUAUCUGCCACCCUCUGCAAUAUUCUGCCAUCAUGAGAUGGGGAGUGUGCACAAUCCUGGCUGUCACUUCCUGGACGUGUGGCUCCCUCCUGGCUCUGGUCCAUGUGGUUCUCAUCCUGAGGCUGCCCUUCUGUGGGCCCCAUGAAAUCAACCACUUCUUCUGUGAAAUCCUGGCUGCCCUCAGGCUGGCCUGUGCUGACACCUGGCUCAACCAGGUGGUCAUCUUUGCAGCCUGCGUGUUCAUCCUGGUGGGGCCGCUCUGCCUGGUGCUGGUCUCCUACUCGCGCAUCCUGGCGGCCAUCUUGAGGAUCCAGUCAGGGGAGGGCCGCAGAAAGGCCUUCUCCACCUGCUCCUCCCACCUCUGUGUGCUGGGACUCUUCUUUGGCAGCGCCAUUGUCAUGUACAUGGCCCCCAAGUCCCGCCAUCCUGAGGAGCAGCAGAAGGUCCUUUCCCUGUUUUACAGCCUUUUCAACCCGAUGCUGAACCCCCGAUCUACAGCCUGAGGAAUGCAGAGGUCAAGGGUGCCCUGAAAAGAGUGUUGUGGAAACAGAGAUCAAGGUGAGGGAUGCCAGGGAAAGUCUAGAGUGUUGAAGAUUUCC